AUGCGAAACAGAAAACGCCCCUUGCCGUGGUCUGAGGCUACCCAAACUGCCUUGAGUCCAUGGUGCCGCUCGAACAUAGUCGGCAGCGCGACGACUUCGGCUUUUUCCGUUGGACUAGCGGUGGGCGUCGCGCUCGGAUUGGCGCUGGGUCAAGUAUUAUUACAAGGAAAUCUUUCCAUUUCUCAAUGCUCUUCCUAUCCCGUAGAAAGCUCAGCCAGCUCUUCGUUUGCUACGAACAUUCCACCGUCGAUGGAACGGAUCGUCGCCGGAAUGUCGAGAAUGAGUAGAGACAGUUUCUUGGGAACGUUCGAUGUCGGUAUGGGUAAUUACGGUUCGACAGACGGAAACAGCCAGGUCUUGCUCUUGCAUACCUCCCAAGCAUCCCUCCCCCGUCAAACGCUAAACGGAAAAGUCGCCCCUCUGCUUUCUGUUAAAGACGCCACGGCAAAGUGCAGUAUCGUCAAAGUAAUCAUGACAAACGCUAGUCCGGGAAAGGAAUCUCUCGGAGAUUGCGUCGCUAUUGUUGGAAGUUGGGAGUCCAAUCAUGUACACAAGUUUGCCCCCCAUAAAGGUACGAAUCACAACACGGAUGGGAGCACCCAACCGCGUACUUGGCAGUACACCAGCGGCCGCCGGUUCCCACCGCCUUCCGUAAACACCACUCGCACCAGUCUGUGGGAACUGCAAACAUACCUGGAUGCCUAUCCGGCUGCCGUCGAACGGUUAAGGCCGUUGGCACAGGCAGCGGCACUCGGGCGGGACGGACGUGUCGCACCCUUGCUCGUUAUGGUAACCAAUUUCGGACAAGCACAGCUGCUGGUUAACUUUGUGUGUUCCGCCAGGGCACGCGGGUUGGAUAUUUCACGGCUGCUACUCUUUGCGACCGACCGAGAAACCUCAAAACUAGCCGAGAGUCUAGGUAUUCCGGUCUUUCUGGACGAAGCAAUUUUCGGAGCGAUUCCUUCCGGCGCAGCCAAAGGCUACGAAGAUGCCAACUAUGGCAGAAUCAUGAUGUGCAAAGUGUAUGUUGCGCACCUAAUCAGCGUACUUGGCUACGAUUUCCUCUUUCAAGAUGUUGAUAUUGUUUGGUACCGGAAUCCCCCUCUAGACAAAUUUCGGAACAGCAAUUACGAUAUGAUUUUUCAGCACGACGGACAUUAUUUGCAGGAGCGCUUCCAGCCGAUGAUGGCCAACUCUGGCUUUUAUUUUGUGCGUGCGAAUGCCCGCACCAAAUACUUCUUUGCGCUCUUCAUUCGCAUGGGAGAUUUAGUGCUCCAACAGCAAUCACACCAGGCCGCGUUGAGCACGUUGCUGAACGAACAGAUGAGCUUACGAGGCCUACGUGUCAAGGUAUUGUUGGAGGAUGAACUGCUGUAUUUGUCGGGCUAUCACAUGGAAAAAGAACCGGAGAAGUGGUCCCGGGCAUUGCAAGCGUCUCCCAAACCGUAUUUGCUUCACGCCAAUUGGUUGGAUGGCAAUCAGAAGCGGCCAAUGUUGAAUGAAACACGGAACUGGUUCCUUACUACCAUAUGCUCCGAUCGAUUGUCUCAAGGUGCCACGGACGCUUCCGAGUGUUGCACACCAUGA